AUGGCUUCUGCUUGCAAAACUUGCAGCUCCGCCGUCAACGGCAUUGAUAAAGUCAUCUGCCGUGGUAAUUGCCGAUCACUGUUUCAUCGAACAUGCAUUCCCAAUUUGCAACGAUCGACUUCGGAAAUAAUUUCUACUCACAGCAACAACCUGUUCUGGCUAUGCGACGAUUGCGCCAGCAGUUUCAACAAUUGGUUGAAACUACCCGACACCGCCGCCCCCGCUGGGGAUUCAUUGAAGCUUUGUGAAGCAAUCGACAAAUUGAAUUCUGUUGUCACUGAUCUUUCUUGUCGCAUCGAAAAACACUUUCCGGGUGGCUCUACUGCCCCAGCUCAGAAGUUAUUUGUUUCACAACGUAAGCCGGGAGAACAACCAACACCUAAACGUAGCCGAGACAACAGUGCAAAAUUCCGUGCUACUGCCGCUGCUGUGUGUGGUACCAGAACAAUUGAACGAGUCAUCAAAACUGUUGCGGACGAGCGACAGCAGUUUUGGCUCUACUUAAGCCGUCUCGAUCCAUGUCACACAGUGAAUGAUAUCGCCGCUAUGGCCCAAGAGUGUCUUGGGAUUAGUGAAACACCAAAGGCUGUUCUGCUUGUGAAAAAGGAUGCGGAUCUCACAAAGCUUAAUUUUGUUUCAUUCCGAGUGGAAAUACCGAAAGUCAUGAAGGAAUCUGCUCUACGUGCGUCUACAUGGCCAACUGGAGUUUUGGUGCGUGAAUUUGACUUCGAUCAAUCACGGGUCGAUGGAUUUCGCCAAUAG